CUUGGAUGAUCACGAUGGAUCAUGUGAUAAAGCCUCCACCCCACAAUUAGCGGUCACAGUUGAGGAAGCCAUCCCAGAUGUGGCCUCUAUCCCAGAUCUACAACCAGCAAGUGCAUCUACUGGAGAAACACUACAGGAGUCAACAGCUAGUCUGCCACCAUCCAAGCAAGUUCUAAAAACAACAUCAGCCCAGACUUCAAAGAGAGGUUAUGUCUGCAGGAGGUCGGCUGCAACUCAGGCAUCAGUCAAAUCUCAGUGCAAAGGGACAUCCACUGAGUCCACCGAGAAGAUGACAUCUGUUGGAAUCCAGUGCUCACUUCUAGAACUACCGCUGCCUGUUCAUGACGGCACUGACAAGCCCGAGUCAGCUAAUGAUGAGAUGGACCCAACCUGGCAGCCUCCUCUGUUACAAGCACAGGACAGUGAUGACGAAAACCUUGACAGCAAGUGUGACCGUCUCGAGUCGUCUUCGCCAGAAAAAGAGAAGAAGUUCCUUGUUUUCGAGGGUUGCCUAUUGGAACUAUUCACCUCAUGUCCUGCAUGUAAAUUGCCAACAUCAGUGAAAAAGACCUGUGUUGGAACUUUCUUAUGCAUUCAUCAAUACUGUCAAUAUUGCUCUUUCUGCCGUCGUUGGGAUAGUCAACCCUACAUAAAGAACAUUCCAGCUGGGAACAUUCUGCUGUCUGCUUCAAUCUUAUAUUCUGGAUCUCUCCCAAGAAAGUCACUCCUAAUGCUGCAGUACCUUGGUAUGUCUUCAGUCAGUGUUAGGACUUUCUUCCAACAUCAGAGGACCCUGUUACACCCAGUGAUUGAGAGAGUAUGGAAAGAAGAACAGAGGAUGAUUCUAGAUGAAAUUCGAUUCACAGAUGAACCUCUCGUCCUGGGUGGAGAUGGAAGGGCAGACACUCCAGGCCACAAUGCUAAGUUUGGCUCCUACACCCUGAUGGAACUGGGUAGCAGCAAAGUUGUACAUGUACAACUAGUGCAGAGCAAUGAGGUGAAAAACUCCAACGCCAUGGAAAAAGAGGGCCUGGCUCGUAGUGUUCACUUCCUCAGAGAAGAAGAAAUGAACAUCCAUACCAUGGUGACAGACCGACACCUCCAAAUUCAGAAGUGGAUUCGAGAAGAGAUGCCUGAUACUGUACACCACCAUGAUGUCUGGCAUGUGGCUGAAGGUUUGCGAAAGAAGAUGGAGGCCUUGGCAAAAGAGAAAGACUGCAGCAUAGUUGGCAGAUGGGUCUGCAGUAUCUGCAAUCACCUCUAUUGGGCCGCAGCAUCCACUCCUGAUGGGAACGGGGACGUCAUCAGAGACAAAUGGUUAUCUGUAGUAAACCACAUGCAGAAUAUUCAUCACGGCCAUGGGAAACACUUCCCCAACUGUCUACAUCCAGAUCUAGGUCAAGAUGACCAGAAGAGAAAAGGGUUGAAGUCAGGAUCCAAGGCCUGUGAAAAGCUCAGUCAGCUCCUUGAGAAGCCUCGUCUUUUGCACGAUGUACAGAAACUCUCCCCAGGCUACCAGACAUCCAAAAUCGAAGCCUAUCACAGUGUGGUCAAUCAUUUUGCACCGAAGAUGAUUGGGCUUCUCUUAUCUUGGCAUGAGUCCAGGUAUUAUGUGACAAAAUAG